GCGACCGGAAGUAACCCCGUCCUCGGGCGGGAGGAUACGAGCGGUUAGCGGCGACGUCCGACGGCACAGCUGUUUCCCCGACGAUGGCGGGGACGGCGCUGAAGAGGCUGAUGGCCGAGUACAAACAAUUAACACUGAAUCCUCCGGAAGGAAUUGUGGCAGGCCCCAUGAAUGAAGAGAAUUUUUUUGAAUGGGAGGCAUUGAUCAUGGGCCCAGAAGACACUUGCUUUGAGUUUGGUGUUUUUCCUGCCAUCCUGAGUUUCCCGCUUGAUUACCCAUUAAGUCCCCCAAAGAUGAGAUUUACCUGUGAGAUGUUUCAUCCCAACAUCUAUCCUGAUGGGAGAGUCUGCAUUUCCAUCCUCCAUGCUCCGGGCGACGACCCCAUGGGCUACGAGAGCAGUGCCGAGAGGUGGAGCCCCGUGCAGAGCGUAGAGAAGAUCCUCCUGUCGGUGGUGAGCAUGCUGGCAGAGCCCAACGACGAAAGUGGAGCUAACGUGGAUGCUUCCAAAAUGUGGCGGGAUGACCGAGAGCAGUUUUACAAGAUCGCCAAGCAGAUCGUGCAGAAGUCUCUGGGGCUCUAAGGCCUUGCCCGUGUGUGUGCACACGCACCACCAGGCAGUCUCCAGUGUUUCUCCUCCAGGACACUGAGCGACAGUGACACUCUGUGCUGGUACCAAAAAAGGAAAGCUUGUAGAACUGCAGCUCUGGUCUUCUUUUCCACCCCUCCCACCCCAAACGGGCUUCUCUUCUGAAAUUACAAUUCACGUAGGAUAAUGACAGUUGGAUGCAGCUUUAGAGUGUUCCAGCAAGGUGGUUCAGGUAGAUUGUCAAAGCUGUCACCACUACCUCUCCUAGCUGAAGCGCCUGCGAACCCUAGUAGCUUCCCCUCCCUCCUGAGUGCCGAGGGGGUCUGUGCUGGCCUCCUCAGGACUGGAGCCAAGGCAAAGGGCAGGGCUGGGCGUCUGUGGUCCCUCUGGCUCCUGUGUGCCCCACGAGCAGUGCGCAGCUGUUUCAGUGUGUUGUAUUUUACAAGCAGGUGUUUUUGUUAUCUAGUUACAUCUUCUUCAUUUGUUGUGAAUUCAAACUAUCACACUUAGUAAUACUUUCGGGAAAUAAAUACUUUUUAAAAUGUG